AUGAAGCCGUAUGUGUGGCCACCCUCGAAGGAGGCACUGCCGCUCUCUGCGCGCCGUACCUUCCCACGUCAGUUCAAGGUGAAUCACGGCACUCUUAACCUCUUCGCCCCCGCUGCACCAGAGUCGCAGCAGUGCCACACCAGCGCCGCUGCAGAUCCGGUCUCCAUCACAGGACGACGAGGGAUACUACAUCAACACCAACACAACAAGGAAUCGACGAGAACCCGCGAGUUCCCCAUGAAUGGACUGCGCCGUGUGUCGCUACCGCAGCGGAGUGAGACGCCGCACGGCAUACGCCACAUACGCGACGCGACGGGGGCUCAGCAACACGUGCAGGUGGUAAACAUCACAGACGCCUACAGGGAUCCAAUGCAGAUGGGCCCACAGCGCACCGGCGUCAAGUGCAUGCCACAGAAAAGUGCAUCCAAGGACGUUGGCGCGGCCCUGGCCUUUGUGGGGUCGCGUCAGCAGCUCAGUGCACGUGAGCUCGCCACCCCGGUAGGGAAGCCGUCGUGCCCCUCGCUGUACACGGUUGAUUACUCGGCCCAGGAGCGCUUUGCACAAGCGGUACGCGAUCACGUGCAGCAGCGCAGACGUGGUGCGGCAGAGUUUUACGUGCAGCUCGUACGUGACACCGUCGGUGGUGUGACGAGCAGCACGCCGAUACCAGCGAUAACGCCGUGGUCUCUUGAUGAGAAGCCGACACGGCGGGUGCUGACGCUGGAGCGGUGCCGCGAUCAACUCGUCGCUCUAACCGCAAUUCCCAUCUCGUUGAGCGACCUCGCUGAUCUUCUGUGGGGCACCAGCGAGGGCGAGGUGGAGAACUCAGAUGGCCUCCUAGCCGACGUUAGCAAGGGUGCGUCGCUCCCGUUGGAUUGUCGCCCCGUGCCCUUUCGGUGCUUUGCAGCCGCUUUUGGCCAAAACACCAGCGACGUGAGGCUCGCCCGCAUGAAGGUGUGA